AUGACUUCUAAAAUAGCUUUAGUCGUAUUUGGUUUACUGUUAGUAACCAUAGCCAUUGUUGUUCAAUCUGCACCUGUCAAACCAAUGAAAGAACCUCUUCAAUUGUCUAAAAUAGUUGCACAAGAAUCUGUUGAUCAAACGACACCAUCAAUAACGUCUACUAGUCCUACAACUACCGCUUCUCUUCAUUCAUCAGACGCAUCUUCAAUACAACAUGAAACUAAUGAUAUUAAGAAAAAACGUUAUGUUGAUAAUUAUGAUCGAUUCAAUGAUUUUAUAGAUGAUGAAAGUAAUGAAGAUGAUGAAUAUAAUGUUGAAAAUAAAUUACAUACAAUAAUUAAUGAAAACCCAACCGAAUUUGAUGGUGAUACAGAUAAAUCAGUUGAUACAGACAAUACAUAUGUAUUUACUGAUAGUAAAAUGGAUCCACUUGAAUUUUCAAAUCUUGCACGAAAACGUCGUAAUAUUAAAUUAACUCAAGGAUCGAAACAAAGACGUAAACGAGCUUCAUCAAUAUAUGAUUUUUAUAAUAAUGAUCCGUUAUAUGAAUCAUUAAUUGAACGUCAACAAUUUAUCCGUCCAAAUCGAGCUUUUGCUCCUCUCUAUUGGUACCCGCCUGCAUAUGAACGAAAUACUCGCUCACUUAGUGCACCAUAUAUCUAUGAAUCACCUGAAUGGAAUAAAAUCUUUUCGGAUACCAUUGAAAAUGAGGAUGAUCAAACUCCAAUUGCCUUGAAUGACGAUGAUGAUGAUGAUGCUAAUGACGGAUAUGAAUAUAAUCGUUAUCCACUUUUCUUAGAAUCACCUAAUAUUCCAUACGAUAAUUUACAAUUACAACAACAAUAUAAUGUGAACAAUUUACCAACAUAUGAAGAUAAUGAUCAAGAUGAUGAACUUGUUUUGACGCCUUAUGGGCCAAUGGAAAGUUAUUUUAAAUAA